UAUUUGUUUUAUACUUUUGGACAUACAGAGAGUUUCAGCAAGCCAACCAACAACGAUCGUUUGCAAAGCCGACGAAUAAGCCUGGAGUACUAAACCAGGGGGCAUGCAGUCGUAGGCAGUUUUCACCUGUUGUUGUCAUUGUCUUGUCACUGUGGGAGGAUGACCAUGGAUAUGACAUUUCUCGGGACCGGCUCGGCCUACCCCUCUCCUCACCGCGGGGCCUCGGCUCUGGUGCUGCGGACAGAAGGGGAGUGCUGGCUGUUUGACUGCGGGGAGGGAACCCAGACACAGCUGAUGAAGAGCCAGCUCAGAGCCGGUCGGAUCACCAAGGUUUUCAUCUCCCACUUGCAUGGGGAUCACCUGUUCGGUCUGCCUGGUCUCCUUUGCACUGUGAGCCUCAACACCAACCCUGAGCAGCAAAUCCUGAACUGUGUGGACAUCUAUGGGCCCCGUGGUCUUCGGCACUUUUUACGGGUGACACUUGGACUCACAGGUUCACAGCUGCUUUUCCCUUAUGCAGUGCAUGAGCUGGAGCCCACAACUGAGCAGAGUCCAGAGGAGGGACAGCUCAGCCUGGAGAUGACAGCGGAGAGCGGUCCUCUGCACCCACAGGAGAAGCCGGGCAGGACCAUUUCUCUGGAUGUCUCCAGUGACUCUUACUUCCUCUUUGAAGACAAGAGGUUUGUAGUCAAGGCCUUCAGGUUGUUUCACCGCAUCCCCUCCUUUGGCUUUUGCAUUCAGGAGCAUAAUCGACCGGGAAGACUGAAGACGGAACUCCUAAAGGAACUAGGAGUGAAGCCAGGGCCUCUUUACGGGCGUCUGAAAGCUGGUGAGGCUGUUACAAUGGAGAAUGGGCGUGUCCUUCUGCCUCGUGACGUUCUAGAAGGAGACAUUCCUGGGAGGAAAGUUUGCAUCUUUGGAGACUGCAGCUCAGUCCUUGGCGAUGGAGCACUACGGUUGUGCAAGGGAGCGGACAUUCUGGUUCACGAGGCCACGCUUGGGGAUGAGCACCGAGAGAAAGCAGUGGACCACGGACACAGUACACCUGCAAUGGCAGCUGCAGUGGCUCUGGCUUGCUGUGUGCAGAGGCUGGUGCUGUAUCACUUCAGCCAGAGGUACAAACCGUGCUCUCUGCAGAAGGAAGGGGACGUGGAUGAAGUCUCAGACCUGAAGAGACAGGCGGAAGACGCUCUACAGGACAGUGGUGUCGAAGUGACCCUGGCUGAGGACUUUCUUACGCUUCCCAUUCCUCUCAGAAGACCAACAACUACUUAUUGACAAAGCAAUUCACUAAAUGUCUUUAUAUUGACCAUCUCUGCUCGAAGCAUUAACUGGCUUCAACAAAAAACCUUUUUUUUCCUGAGGCGGGAGAUUAGCACUUUUUUGGUGGCUGUGAACCGAAUCACACGGCUUACAUUAUCGAAUGUAAUGUUUCUCAAAAAACUAUAUCAUACUAUCAUCAGUUUUGAAUUCGAACAAUAAUCCACAAUCUGCCCUUAUUAAGUAAAACCCCAUGGUGUAAUAAAGAACAAGCAACCAUCUCUGAACUUUUUCCAGAGCUUUAUUUCUGGAUCUGUACACAAGGUAUUAAAGUACAACAGAAAAUACAAAAUAAUGUUUAACAAAAGAAAAAAAAAACAACUCAAUGUUUAUGUACAAUUCUUAUAAACAAUAAAGAUAGCGUCUCA